AUGUUUUGUGUGAGUUGGACUGGUUUUCGCCGCUGUAUUUAUUUUACGACACCAACAAGCCGCUGAUAACGAAACACGAUGACGUGUGCCUUGCCGUAAGUGAAAGUAACUUAUUAGUGGUAGGAGCAAUACGUGUAGGCCUUCAAUAUCGACUGUACAUUCCAACAGUCGCAGUCCCUCGCGCGUCGUGGUUUCGUUCAGUCGGGUGCACGUAUCGUUCUACUCCAAUAAUUUACUAUGUGCGGAAUAUUUGCGUAUAUCAACCAUCUCACGCCUAAAACCCGGCGUGAAAUUUUGGAAUUGCUUGUCAAUGGAUUGAAACGAUUGGAAUACCGUGGCUACGAUUCGGCGGGGGUCGCUGUCGAUGCUGCCGACUUCAAAGACAUCGCUGUGGUGAAACGCAGCGGUAAAGUGGCCGCUUUGGAAGAGUUGCUGCAGGAACGCAGCGUAGAGCUCGCGGUGGAAGAAUGUGUCGAGUCGCACUGUGGGAUUGCCCACACUCGCUGGGCUACGCACGGUGAGCCGAGCUCCAUCAACUCCCAUCCUCAGCGCUCCGGAGACGACAAUGCUUUUGUUGUCAUUCACAAUGGCAUCAUUACAAACUACAAAGAAGUGAAAACCUUCCUAGAAAACAAAGGCUAUGUCUUUGAGUCUCAAACUGAUACUGAAGCUAUAGUGAAGUUGAUUCAUCACAUUUACAGCCAACACAAAAACUACAGUUUCCAAGAGCUGGCCGAGCAGGCUAUCCAACAACUUGAAGGUGCUUUUGCUCUGUGCUUCAAAUCACGUCACUUCCCAAAUGAGUGUGUGGCGACCCGUAGGGGAAGUCCUUUGCUUGUGGGAAUCAAAACACGCAGACGGCUCUCCAGCGACCAUGUUCCUAUUAUGUACACCAACAACAAGGCUACACGAGGAGUUGUGCCUUCAGUGCCGCGCGUCAACAGCCAUGCUCACUUUGAACCUGAAGAGGAACGUGAUGUUGAGUAUUUCUUUGCUUCUGAUGCUUCUGCUGUUAUCGAACACACCAACAGGGUUCUGUAUUUUGAAGAUGAUGAUGUUGCCCACAUAAAGGAUGGAGUUCUGAGCAUUCAUCGCAUGUCUGGAAGCAGCACUGAUCCUCAUCAACGUGAGAUUUUGACCUUAAAACUGGAGUUGCAGCAAAUCAUGAAAGGUAAUUAUGAAUACUUUAUGCAGAAAGAAAUAUUUGAGCAACCUGAAUCUAUUGUAAAUACAAUGAGAGGACGCCUUAACUUUGCCAAUGGCACAGUAACUUUGGGAGGUAUUAAGGACUACAUACCUGAGAUCAAGAGAUGUAGACGGUUGAUGUUGAUUGGCUGUGGUACAAGUUACCACAGUGCUGUUGCUACCCGACAGCUCUUGGAAGAAUUAACUGAGUUGCCAGUCAUGGUUGAACUUGCUUCAGAUUUCUUGGACAGAAACACACCUGUAUUCCGUGAUGAUGUCUGUUUCUUUAUAUCUCAGUCAGGAGAGACUGCUGACACUUUGAUGGCUCUACGUUACUGCAAACGUCAUGGAGCUCUUAUAGUGGGAAUAACAAACACUGUUGGUAGCUCCAUCUGUCGCGAAUCCCACUGUGGUGUCCACAUCAAUGCUGGCCCUGAAAUUGGUGUCGCCUCAACAAAGGCCUAUACAUCUCAGUUUGUUUCCCUGGUUAUGUUCGCGUUAGUGAUCAGUGAGGAUCGUAUUUCCCUGCAGAAGCGACGCGCCGAUAUUAUCGAAGGUCUACAUGAAUUGGACGGCAAAAUUCGCCAAGUGUUGUCUUUGGACGCUGAAGUUAAAGCUCUGGCUGAGGAUCUUUACCGUCAGCGAUCAUUACUCAUAAUGGGUCGUGGGUACAAUUUCGCCACUUGCCUGGAAGGUGCUUUGAAAGUAAAAGAGCUUACGUACAUGCACAGUGAAGGUAUAAUGGCAGGAGAACUGAAGCAUGGACCUUUGGCACUUAUUGACGACUCUAUGCCGGUAAUGAUGAUUGUAAUGCGUGACCCUGUUUACACAAAAUGCAUGAACGCACUACAGCAAGUGACUGCACGUCAAGGUCGCCCGAUCGUCGUUUGUGAAGAAGGCGACAAGGAAACUAUGGCCUUGGCGUCCCGGUGCCUGCACAUUCCAAAGACCGUCGACUGUUUACAAGGUGUUCUCACAGUAAUUCCCAUGCAGCUCCUAGCAUAUCACAUUGCAGUUCUAAGAGGCUGCAAUGUCGAUUGUCCACGAAAUCUUGCCAAAUCUGUAACUGUGGAAUAAUCACAUUCUUGACGACACGCAACUUUAACAAACAUUGCGGGAAUCGUGAGAUCUCUAAUGCACAAUCAAUGAAAUUGUAAAUAAGAUAUUAUUAAAAAUCACAAUUAUUUUGUUAAAAGGACUCUAUUGAGAUGUUGUAAGGAACUUUCUAUCCUAUCUAAUAUCUAUGGCAAUCAGAUAACGUGAUUUGAAUAUUUAGGUUUACUUUUUAUUUGAGAAAGAAGUACUUCUGCGCUUUUAAGUGAUAAGGCGGCGACCAUUUGUGAUGUGUUGUAGAAUAAGUUUAUGUUGCACAAGAAGAAUCAUGAUUUCAUUCUGUGUAAUUUGCUAUUGGUUAUGUAUUAGUCUGUACUUUUACUCAUCACAUAAUGUCUACAAUAUUAGCACUAGCUAGAUAUGUAAGAUAGCUGUUCAACUGUUGACUUGAACCAAUUCUGUUAACUGCUGGGCUUAAGCUUCCACCAAUUCUCGUCAUCGAGUCCGAUCCAUAAUAUUUGAUUAUUACAAUGAAAGAAGCAGAAAAAUGCAUUUCAUACUACAAAAAAUACGUGAGAUCUUAUUUUUUUUUCAUCUAUCCAAAAGUUUACAUUCCAUUCAAUGUUAUGUGAGCAUCAUGACAUUCCUAAUGCCCCAUUGGAUGAUGUAGGGCACUAAGUAUAGUAGAGUUAUUGCUAUGAAUGAAAUGAAAGCAUUGGUGCAUUAGUUGUUCUUAUUACGUUAUUAUACAGUUUAUUCAUAGAUAACAACUUCGAGAGUAAUGUAGUAUUUAAUGAAAUUAUUAUUGUCUGAAUUGAUCUGAUCCCGACUCCUUCGACCCCGAUUAAUUUUUAUUUCGAAAGUUUAUGUAUCGGUACUGCGUAAAUACCUUUUACAUAACUAAGUAGAUGGCUGCGUAUCUACUUUACCCUUAUGGUUUGGGGAUUUAAUUUGAGGAACUGAAAUACCAUAAACAUUAUUACGACAAAGCUAGACAAGAGAACAAACGUUUAUUGUCUCAAUAUAAUUCGUUAGGAAAUCAAUUCAAGCACAAAACGACCUUCUAAAAAACCGGCAGAUGAUUUGGCCUUAAUAAUACCUACCUGUCAUAAAUAACAAGUGUUUCUCGCAUGUUUAAAAACCAUAGGUUAAAAUACCGUAGCUACAAUUAUUUCUAAAUUUAAUUAAUUCAUGAUAGGUAUUAAUUUUGAAAAUUUGUUGCCUAACAAAAAACGAACCAAAAUUGAAACGCAACGACUCGUGUACUUUUGUGAAUACUUACUGCAUAAAUACACAUCUAAAUUAUGUAUGUUGUAGGUAAGCAUGUAAACACACUGAAAUAUAGUAACGAAUUUAUUAUAGAUACAUACAAAUUAUGUGGAAUAUUUUAUUAACAUAAGUACAAGCCAUUUUUGGUACUCAUGCUAACUACUUAACGUACGUAUCAUUAAAUCUGGCUAUCGCCGUUAAAUUAAGGAAAUGUGGGCGAUAAUACAUAGGUACGUACUUGCUGAAGUUGAUAAGAUACAAUCAUCCAUUUUAAUCAGAAUUGAAUUACCUACCUACAUUUUCAAAAACAAAGCUGUCGUGUCGCGUGUACUGACAAUGACAAUAAUACUUGAAUUAAACAAAAUAAUAUGUAUUUUGCAUUAUUCACUUUUGGCAUUGUUACUUUUUCUAAGCUACUAGUCAAAAAAAUUAGCUUGAUGUUUGAUGUUUUUAGGAAUUACCUAUUAUAUUUU